AUGGAAACCUGGCUGCCUAUAAAUGGCAGCUUAUCAAUCAUAUCCUCCAUCACCACGGCUACAGGCAUUCACCUAGCAAAAGCUUCAAGCUCUGCUCUAACGGCGUCCAUGAACUUCUACUCCAUGGUGCUGGUGGCCAUUGCCCUGGUGUCAGCACCGCUGGCCGCUGUGGCCGGCGACCCGGACAUCCUCACUGAUUUCGUCGUGCCCACAUCGCUGAUCGGCAUUCCCAUCAACAUCACCGGCGACUACUUCACCUACACCAGCUUCCGCCCCGUGCCACUGCCGACGGCGACCUUCACGCUGUCCAAGGCCUCCAUGGCAGAAUUCCCGGCUCUCAACGGGCAGAGCGUCUCGUACGCCAAGCUCAGGUUCCCGCCGGGCACCGUGAACCCGACGCACACCCACCCCCGGGCUGCCGAGCUGCUCUUCCUCCUCGAGGGCACGCUCUCUGUUGGCUUCAUUGACACCGCCGGCAAGCUCUACACCAAGGACCUUGUCGCUGGCAACAUGUUUGUGUUCCCCAAGGGCCUGGUGCACUACCAGUCCAACCAGGGGUCUCGGCCCGCGAUGGCGCUCUCCGCGUUCGGCAGCGCCGCCGCGGGGACCGUGUCCGUGCCCGUCACCGUGUUCGGCACCGAAGUGGACGAUGUUGUGCUCGCCAAGUCAUUCAAGACUGACGUGCCCACUGUGCAGAAGCUCAAGGCGGCGCUCACUCCGCCACCCAAGAAAUAAGUCUGUCCGUUCAAGACCGAUGUGCCAACCGUCGUUGUGUGUGUUUUGGAUUUUUUUGCUUGUUGAAAUAACCGACCUGCCAGGCAAUGCAGAUAACCAAGUACUGCAUCCACAUGGUAGGAGCAAAUUGGUGGUGAAAUGUUGUUGAAUAUAUGUGUUUGCAAUGUCGUCUUGAUUUGGAUCGAACGGUUUGUGUGUGUUGAUGUUUGAAACUUGUGAUCUUGACUCUUUGAGUUACAUAUAUGUUUGCGAUUUUGAUUAGGUUGU